AUGGCUCCAGGUGAAAGUCACUCGCCGACGCUGGAGCAGAGUUCGGCUCAAUGGGAGCAAAUUUCGUAUCCGUCCAGCCCUAGUGAAAGCCUCUGGCAACCUUCGGUCUCAGACCUGAUAGCCGACACGAACGAAGCCACUCAGGUUCAAAAUGAGGUAACCUACCAGCGUUAUUGUCACACGCCUCCAGCUCAAGAUAGCAAUACUCCCAUUCCAGUCGGUUCUAAAAUCGAAGGAGAUAACGAAGAUACCGAUACAGUUGGGGCUUCAACCAAUCUCAUCCCAACGGAAGCUAUUGAGACACGAAAGUUAUUUCAAAAGCCAACCUGGAGACCUUUCUGGCUACAGCGCUCAAUCAUGAUAGCUUUCUCUGGCUUUUUCUUUGGCAGUGCGAUUGCCGUGUUAUCAAUACUUUUUUACUCGGAGAGGAGUAAAGGUUUGGCAACAGUUCAGAUGGAGCUGGCAAAUCUAUGGAGAUUCGGCCCUCCCGCCGUUUUGGCAAUCGUCUCCACGUUAUGGGCCAGGGUGGAAUUUCAAACACUCCGUUACUUCCCGUGGAUGACCGUCCACAAAGAUACCACGUUCUCCGGCCACCACAUCACUUCGCUGGACUACACAUCCCUCAUACUCCCCAAAGUGAUGUUUCUCUCCUUGAAGCGCAAGGACACCUUGGUGUGUCUGGCUUCCGUUUUGGCUAUUUUAAUGAAGGCACAAGUUGUUCUGUCGGCCAGUCUUUUCUACAGCAAGGCCGUGGAGCAUUCUUUCCCUCUCGAAAUCGAGCUCCUGGACUCAUUUCAAACAAAAUAUGAGUCAGACUUCCGCUACGACAAGUUCACAUAUUUUGCCGCGAAGGCAUUUCACGACUUCCGCAUGAACCUACCAUUUGGCAUCACGGAAGAAGCAGCCUAUCAGACCUUUAAACCAGCAGGUUCCGACACAGUUAUUCGUGGCACGAGUGACAUGCCUAUUACUGUGACCGUUGAUGCGCUAUUUACUGAUAUCCAGUGUCUUCCAAUGAAAGAAUGUGAGUCUUCCGUCACUAGACAACCGAAUAACCCAUACUACAAUUACGCAUUUGAUUUGCUUUUCGAGGGCUGUGAUAGGCCCGUACAUGUGGAAGAUUCCGUUAAUUGGUGGUCGUCUGAGUCUAAGAUGGGUUCAUGGACGAAGGGAACGAUCAAGGAAACGCCCCCGCCAUGUCCCUCUUUGCCCACGCAGUUCCACCCAUUCGUCUAUGUAGGACAGCGUGGGAAAGAUCAAAACGGGUCUAUGCCGGUUGUAACAGAAUGUGCCGCCAUCAUCUGCUCUCCUACAGCAUGGGUGUCCAAGGUGGAGAUCCACGAUGAUGGUAUCAAGCCCGUGCUCCGACUUCUGCCAGAUAAAGAGGUCAUUGAAGUAAAUUCCAAUCCUUGGAAUCUUUUAGAAAACGUCAUUUCACUUCAAAAUGGUUCCGAAAAUGAAGCAUCAGUGCCCUGGGCCAGUCCGGUGACUUGGUUGGAGAUUAGCGAGGUCAUUACCGUUGAUGAGUCCCUGUUUCAAAAUGAGAAGCUCAUAACAGCCGUUCAGAACCUGACCAAAGCAUACGGGCCCUUUGUUAGCAAUACGUAUCUCCGCGAAAAUGGGAAAUUCUCAACAAUCGGUUCGAGAAUCGAGAUUACUCAAAAGUUACAGAUGAACCAAAGGAUCUGCAUCGCCAUGGCUGUGAUUUUUGCCGUUUCAGCUCUGGCUGUCAUCUGGGUAGUGAUUGAGGCUCCUCGGAUCUGUGAAACGUGCCCAAGGGAUCCAGGAACCAUAUUGGGGUCAGCCAUCCUACUCCAUGGUGAUUCUAAAUUUACCUCCUCAAUCCAAGAGAAGAUAGAGGUAGAAGAGCAACAAGGCCCAUGCCAACAUGAAGCUUGCGGCGACCCCUUCUAUUCCCCCUUCGCGCUACAAUGCUGGUUUCGUAUCAUCUUUGCAUUCUACACGCUUGGUCUGAUAAUAUCUAUCACCACACUCCUGCACAUCUCUUACCGCUCAGAUGGGAUAAUAACAUUGGCAGAAGGGUCGCCAUCUCUCUGGUGGACUUCCGUACCUGCUAUUGCUACAGUCAUGAUCGCUUGGUAUUCUAGUUCCUCGGAUAUGGCACUUCGAGAUCUUGCGAUAAUUUCCAAGCUCUCCAGCAAAGCUAUGAAUAUUUCCGCCCUGGAUAUGUCGUUAUCGGACAUGCUAGGAGUCAGAGCCCUCUAUCAUUCGUUUCGACUCAAAGCUACGGCCAUUAGCCUGUCUUUGAUCCUUGCCAUACUUUCUGGCUUUCUGAGCCCGCUGUCUGCCACCUUAUUUACCUCUCAGGCCAUCCCUGGCACGCAUGAUGUACUCGUCAAGCAGACGAGUUGGUUUGGUCCUUACCUACCUGAUCUGUCGAGCCCGUCGUAUUCUUGGCAGACGGAGCUGACAGUUGGGAGCACACUUGUGAAUAAUCAAGUCAACAAUUUCACCUAUCCCGAAUUUACUUAUGGCGAUCUGGUCUUCCCCAGCGUUGAGAUUGAUACACCAAAUACCUUUUGGAGUUCCAAAAACUCCAUCAAGGUAAAUGUAACCGCAGCGAAGCUUAUCUCGGACUGUUCCAGGCCUCUCCCAGGGGACUACGACCUCACUGUCAGCAAAAACGAUCAAGGUACAACAGCGACGAUUGACAGGAAGCCCCUUUGCCCGAACGGCAAGAAUAUCUCGGAACCACAGCAGAAAUCUUAUAGGAAUGGAGACACCAGAGACGAUGUCAUUUCUUACUUUGCUGGCAGUAUCCCUACGCCGGAAGAUUCAUAUUGUGAGGUUGCCAAAGUUCCCUGGAUUUUCCACGGGUUCUCUUGGGGAAAGUUUUCCGAUUCGGCUGUGGCAUUGGACCAUCUUUCUCUAUGGACAUGCAACUCCACAUUGGCCCAGGUCCCUGCUGAGCUGACACUAUUGUCUACAGACGGUAAAACCCUCCAGCUCGACUACAGGCAUCCUCCAGUCCCGGAUUUAUCAAAGCUGAAGCCCUAUGAACCGCCUUUGGUUGUUUCCAACAAGUUUCUCGAACAAUUUGGAUCCGAGAGCGUUUUUUUCUCUCGAGUAAACUUAACUAACAUUGGCCACAUCUUCCCAGCCGUCGUUGAGCCAUUGGGUUCUUUCCGACUGGAGAGCUUGGCAGACCCUGAUCAAGACCUCAAGUUGAUAGAAGCUGCCAAACAUCAAUUUGCCAUUCUAGCUGCCCAAUUGAUUUCUAUCAAGCACCGAUAUAGCGUCAACGAGUCUUCGGAUCUCACACCUCUGAAAGGCAUAGUUGUGGACAAUAACCGUCUCCGGCUGGUCCAAAAUUUCCCUGUUACCGUCACGAUGAUAGUGAUACUAUCGCUUGUUUUAGCCUUCCACACCUGGGGUCUCAUAUCCACAGGUCUACGAAAAGCCCUCGGAGGUGGGCGGAAAUGGCUUCUAGACCUGGAACUGAAAGGAGUAGCACCUCCUGGGUUCAGCAGCAUAUCGAUGAUGAACGACCUGCUCAAUGGGUCGAAUAUCCAUGAGCAUCUCCCUAGAGGUGCUGAUUUUAUGUCGGCUAAGGACAUAUCGAAGAGUUUCAAGAAUCUGGAAUGUCGGCUAGGGUGGUUUUAUAACACCAGGACAGAGCAGCAGCAAUAUACAGUUGGCAUUAUCGAAAGAGACGAGUUCGAGUUUGUCGACAGAGAGAAAUGUUGA